UUGAUUUGCCUGGCCACCAAUUGGGGGCGGUAGAUCAAAAUCAAGUUCUUUCAUUUUUACACUUUUGAGUUUUUCCAACCUGAAAUCUCUCUCUUCUGGGGUUGGAUGCUCGUUCCAAAACAUCCAAUCCAGAACCACAAUAACUUUCAAAACUUUUUCUUCCUGUGUUGCCUUCAACGUUAGUUCUAAUUCAUUUACAACACCAAGAAUACAUCAUUUGAUUGAUUCAAACAUUUGUCUUGGAGGUAAUCAGAAAUUUGUAGCUGGUUCCAUUGAAGAUUGGAAGUACUAGCACAUUUGAAGUGAAAGUUUUCGGACCCAAAAAUAGAUCAAAGAGCUUCAACAAUGACGUCAGGUGUGGUGAAAGGCCAGAUGAAAGGCCUCCUCAAAGGACUUAGAUACAUAUCCCAAAUAUUUGACGAGGAGGAUGAAAAGGAGAUACAGAUCGGGUUCCCAACAGACGUAAAGCACUUGGCACACAUUGGAGCUGAAAAUGCCAAAGCAAGUCAACCAAGCUGGUUGGCCGAGUUCAAAGAAUCAUCAGAAGCUUCAUCUGGAACAGUCGUAAACCCCACGAAGGCCACAACAGAAGAUAAUAAUAGUGAUGCUAAUAGUAAAGGGGAAGGGAAGCGAAGCCACAAUCGAAAGUCAAGGCCUCGUUCUACAGAGAGCCAGUCCUCGACGAGCCGAGACAUCUCCAACGCCGAAGGCUCCAAGCCGAGCCGACGACACCAUUCGGAAUCUUCUAGAAGGAUGAAUCGCCACUUGUCGGAAGAAGAGAAAGAGAAGGCUCCGACAACAACAAAACAUUCGCAGCGCAAUAGAAAGAGCAAGAUGACGUCGUCCGAGGAGAAGGACGAGAAAGAAGGUUCCUCGAGGAGGGCUCCCAGAUCUCAAAGACAUUCCAAGGGAGAUUCCUUAACUGACUUCUCCUUCUCAGAUUCUGGGCCUGGGCCCACUUAGAGAGAGACACACACAUCUUCCGUGAUAGUGAACCAGCUGCAGAUUCAGUUUAGAGAGAGAUUUCAGGGGCAAGAAAUUAAUUAUUCUUCCAUUACUAAUUACCUAUUAAGUACUCUACUAUGUAUUAUAAACCAAUCUCGCUUCGUCUUCUGCUCUGACUUCCAUCCCAUUUACCAACCAGAUUCAGUUCCUUUUUUUUUUUUUGUAAUAGUGUCAUCGGCUAUUUUGGAUCCUUCUGGAUUCAAUUGUUACAUAAUAUGUAACGAAUUGGUAUAAAAUGCACCUAUUG